AAAAUAUUUUAAAAUGGAUGCAGGAUGCAUCAAAAAAUCAUUCAAAACCAGAAUCUGUCAAAACAUAGGGAGAAUUGCAGCUUUGAUUAGUUGAAAAAUUGGAUACUCACUAGUUUAAACGGUGUAACUACGAAAUGGAAGAAAUGAACCUGACAAAUACAAAACGACAAAACUUACAACCUAACCUCAAAUUACAUGUAUAUUGGUUUAUAAACAGGAUACCUAGUAUGAACACUUUUUUUACAACGUAAAUAGUGAAAGUGAUCAUCAAAAGUGUAAUAAAUAAUGGAUAUAAUUAAUUCCCGAGCACUUUAAAUUAAAAGAACACUACAAAAUUAAUGUAAUUUCGGAAGGAAAGUUUUUUUCAACAAAAAUGACUCGCAAUUCUCGAAGUUCUCGGAGUAUGAAUUCUACAAAGGAUGCCACAGCCAGAAUACAUGGUAUGCUUGAAGAAAAAUUGAGUCCACAAAAGCCCUGGGCGAAAUAAAAGAAAAAAGUCAUGCCUUUUAAAAGGAAAAGAAUCCUUAAGCAGGAUGACUUGAGCGAUGAAGAUUUCGUCAAACCUCGAAGAAGUUCUCUCCAAGUAAAUUUGAGUUACAUAUCAAAUCUAACAGAUUCAGGUCACGGAUCAUCUAGAAGAAUCGAUGAAACUUUAAAUGAUGUUCCAAGCACAAAUAAUCUUCCAGUGACUGGAACGAGGAGAACUAGAAAGAAUCUUCCUUCCAAAGAAUCAGAACCUUUGAAGAAAAGAAAAAGAAACCUUUCGAAAAUUAUAGAAAAUCAGAACGAUGUUAACAACGAGGAGCAAGUCUUGAAUGAUAGUUGCUCUCUAUUAAGAGAUGCAAUUUUACGUAAAACGAGAGAGAUUUUUGAUCAGGGAAAUGAAUUGGCUAUUAAAACAAGCCGCGUUCUUGAGGAAGGUUCUAAAAUGAUAAGAUCGGUAGAAGACGAACUUUCGAAGACAUUAAAUUUAGAUACGGAUUCAAGGUCCGUAAUAUUGGAAAAGGAUUCGAGAUCUGUGAUAAUAGAAAAAAGCAUAACUUCAAGAUCAGUAGUUUUAGAUAGCGAGCCAACUUCAAGUUCAAUACAACUAGAAAACGAUUCAGAUCCAGGGUCAAAAACGCCAGAAAGUGAAAAAGAUGCAAGAGCACACGAUGAAUCUGAAAAACCCAAGCCCCCAACUAAAACCCUAAAGUCUAUGAUCUUAGAAAUGAGUACAAAUACAAGAUCCACUCUUUUGGAACGAAUGAAGGAAUCGAACCUCAUAUCACAGACUAGCAAAGAUUCAAAAUCAACUACAGACAAAUCACUAACCCCUCCUGGAAAGGACCAAAACUGCAGGUCUCCUAGUGUGAGAGUGGCUCUUAGAGAAGAUCAACAAAUAAUAAUGUCAGGCAAGAAUAAAAAUGCGGACCCGGUACGGAUUAACGUGAUGAACAGUAGUCCCGUAUCAAGAAGAAGCGAUCAGUCCGAUCAGUUCGUAACUCCAAAAAAAUCUCGAGUCUCAGAUGCUUCGAAUGAAAAUCAAAUUUUUCCUAAGAAACGUUUGUUCUCUGACGAAAAUAUUCCAGAGCAUCGCACACCAGAACAUAAUUUUCUAGAGCCAAAAACUCUUCUUCAAAAGAGCUUUUUGGAAUCUCCAAAGCCUUUGAAUGUUUUUACGAGUCCCGUUUUGAGUGGAAGUACUAGGAAGCAUCCCAGGCUUUCUCUAAGGAGGGCUCAAAUAACACAAAACGAGAAUGAGAAGGGUGCGAAGAUUAAAGAUUCAUCUUUAAUGAAAGAAACUCUUAAUAUAACUGGCAGGAACUCGUCUCCAGGAUUUCCUCUGACUUGCUCUUCGUUUAUAGACAAUCGGAAUCAAAUUAGAAAUCCGGAUAUUUUAAAUUUUCCGGGAAGAGGGACAAAUGAGUCAGCUUGCAUGGAAAUGACAACGAUUCCGAAUAUUUUGCCGAUAUCUGUGAGAGGAUUGCCUUGCGAUAAGGAAAGUUCUGACAAACCCCUUAAAGAAUCAUUUAAGGAUUCGCAGGAUAAGAGAGUUGUGUCGAUGGAACUUACGGAGGUUGAGGGAAAUAUUUUGGAUGUAAUUCAUCCACAGGGAGUGAAUCCCCAAUUAGAGGAAGCACCUAGUUGUAUUCUAGAAGACACAGAGAUUCAGGACGUGACUGUAAAAACUAAAAGAACUUCUCUUAAUGUGAAUACUUCAAUGGAUCCGACUGAGGGAAAGAAAAGUGAGGAAACAGUCUGCUUAAGCAGUUCAUGUGACAGCAGCAAACGUCCAAAACAAACCCAACAAAGUUGGUGCGCAAUUCGUUCUUCACUCAAAGUUAACACUUCUUUGGAUUACCUCCCAAAAUAUACAAGAAAAAAAUUAACAGUCAGUGAAAUUGCUACAGGAAAAAGUUCUCGAAAGAUAGGGACUGUUGAAGAAAAUCCCGUUUCAGAUGAAGGAAACGCUGCUGUCAGAGAUUCGGAUCCAGUUGGACCAAAUUCAGAUAGACGUAAAUCAAGUACAACUGGAAAUCGAUCAUGUACAGUCCCUGCUAAAUCAAAUACUAUGUCAGACCAAAGAAAUGCAGUUUUUAUUCGAAGAAGUGCAGUAUCUGUUGAAUCAAUUCCGGGUUCGGAUAAACCAGAUUCAGUUCAGAAUAAAUCAGAUAACCUUCCAAAUAAAUCAAAUUCAGUGAUAAUGAAUUCUCUUUCAGAGAGUUGUUCGUCAGAAUCCUUAGAAAAUGUAUCUUUGGUACAACGUCUGAAAGGUCUUUUCGUGAAACCUUCAACAAGUGCAAAAAAGAUUCGCACUUCUCGAAGUUCUCGGAGUAUGAAUUCUACAAAGGAUACCACAGGUGAAACGAGCUGCGUUGAAGGCACUCCACUACCUAUAAGUCGAUCGUUUUUAUGGAAAUCUCAAAUUAAGCAAAAUACGUUUGCAAGCAACUUAAAUUUCAACGUCUCAGAAAAAAGUAACGAAACCAAUUUCUCGGCGAAAACUAACGCUUCAGUUGAAAAUGUUGGACCAAAUCCGAAGCAGUUAAGAAAGCCGAAGGUGACAGGAAGACAUCCAGCAUUAAGCAAUUAUGGAUCAGAAGCAACUCAACCUCCCAAUGAAUCCCUUGAAAAGAUAACAACAACUGAAUCAAACAAAAGUUCAAAAGCCGAAGAUUCGUCACCAGAUAAUUCGAAAAAGCCAAGGAAAAAAAAACUUUACCCUUUACGAGGUCGCUCUCAACAACUUUCUUUGAGUCCAGCCAGAAGUCUAACUCCAUCCCCGAAACGAAUCGUAUUUCCGAAAAGAAGAAAAAAUAAAAAAUGGCUGAAAAUGCAGAACACGCAAAGAACACAAAUGUCUCUAAGAGCACAAAAAACGCAAAAAACACAAAAACCAGCAAAUGACUUGGAGUCGUCUGAAUCCAGUGCCGAAUCAGGGGAAGAUAUGUCAGCCAAUCAUCAAACUCAAAAUUUGACGAAGCGUAAAAAAAAUAGGAAAGUAUUGCGAAAAAAGAUAGUUAUAAAAAAAAUUGCGAGCUCUGGUGCGGUGACUGAAACGGAAAGGAAUAAGGUGAAAUUUCAGGAGUGCGAAAACUCGGAAGGGGGCAGGAGUUCGUUUAAUGAUUUUGAACCAAAGAAAAAAGUUGAGAAGAAUAAAAAAAUUUCAAAGAGGAUUAUUGUCACGACUGGCUUAUCUAAUGAAGACAAAAGUUUAGUAAAGAGUGUUGUAAAACAAUUGGGUAAAGCAGAGAUGGAAUUGAACGUGUCCCGUAAAACGACUCACGUGGUAAGCACUGGAGUUCGAACCAUCAAUUUAUUAAAAGGGAUUAUAAGAGGCUGUUGGCUUGUGAGUCUCGAGUGGGUUUUGAAAUCUCUCGAAAACGGAGAAUGGAUCCAUCCGGAGCCGUACGAAAUGGCCCAUUUUUCGGCCGCUGUGCAGGAAAAUCGUAGAGAUCGACAACUUUUUGGAAAGGCCUUUGUACCAGAAUUAUUUUCAACCUGUGGAAAAAUCUACGUUGAAAACGGUACAAAUCCAGUACCCUCGUCUCUAAAAGAGCUGAUAAAAACAGCUGGUGGUCAAGUAACGGAGGAUCCUACAAUCUCGGAAGUAGUGGUGGGAUCGGAAGGUUUGAAGGAAAUAUGGGUCUUGGAUUCGAUAACAACAGGUGUACUGCAACCUGCAGAUAACUAUCGAAGAAAGUAGUCUCUUCUACAAUUAUUGUAAAUAUUUAUUUUUUGUCCUAUGGUGUACAAAAAGUCUUAAAACAUAAAUGCCUAGCUUAGCUGUGAGCUAUUAUGUAUCAUCUCUCCUAUAUUUUUGUAUAAUUUAUUAUAUCUAUGUAAAAAGAAUUUAAAUUAGGCAUAUCGAGAUUAAGUAUAUUUUACAGCCUUUGUCGUAUUAUAUUCGAGAAUAAAUUUAUUUUUAUCCUGCCGAGUA